ACACUUGAUAUUUGAUAAAACAAAUUAAAAAAGUUUGUUUAAGUGUACAAAUUAUGAGUUUAGACAUAACGAACGUAAAUGGCGGCCACGAGAUUGCGCCACCCACGCAAAAUAAAAAAGAGCUGCUUUGCCUGCUCAAGCUACUUAAGAAAUACCAUCUAAAGGGCACCGAGGAACAACUGUGCCAGGAGGCAAAUGUAAGCAGCGCCGAAUUAUCUGGAAUCUGUGAAGGUGAAGUUAAGGCGGUACUGAGUGCAGUGCUAUCUUUAGGUGGAUCCGAACAUGAACGCACACAAACACAUGGAUCAUAUGGGGCGGAAUCUAAAGCGGCAACGGAAGCAAAUGCCGCGGAGGCGUUGGCAAAAUUUAUUGGUGACGAUGAUUUUGAUGCACAGCAGUAUGAACAGGCUUACGAGGAACUGCGAACAUUUGUUGAAGAAUCGCUGGACAUAUACAAGCACGAGUUAUCAAUGGUGCUUUAUCCCAUAUUGGUGCAGAUAUACUUUAAAAUGCUGGCCAGCGGUCAAGUGGACAAAGCACGCGCUUUUAUAGAAAAAUAUAAAUCGGAUUUAGAUGGUUACUAUAUAGAGGGCCUGUUCAAUCUUCUGCUUAUAUCCAAACCAGAGGAGUUGCUCGACAAUGAUCUGGUAGCGGCCAUGGAAACGGACAAAUUUGUUAUACGCAUGUCUAGGGAUGCCCACUCUCUGUUCAAGCGCCAUAUACAGGACCGCCGGCAAGAGCUCGUGGCCGACAUAGUGGCCAAGUAUCUGCACUUUGAUACCUAUGAAGGCAUGGCGCGCAACAAGUUGCAGUGCGUAGCAACCGCGGGAUCGCAUACGGGUGACGCCAAGCGACAGGAUAACAAAAUACGUGUUUACUAUGGCUUGCUCAAAGAGGUGGACUUUCAGACGUUGACCACGCCAGCGCCUGCGCCCGAGGAGGAGGAUGAUGAUCCAGAUGCACCGGAUCGACCCAAGAAAAAGAAACCUAAAAAGGAUCCGCUGCUAUCGAAAAAAUCUAAAUCGGAUCCCAAUGCGCCUGCCAUUGAUCGCAUACCGUUGCCCGAGCUCAAGGACACGGAUAAGCUGCUCAAGUUAAAAGCCUUACGUGAGUCAACCAAGCGACUACCGUUGAACAAGGAUCAGCUGCCAUCCGCCGUCUUCUAUACCGUACUCAACUCUAUGCAAGGCGUGACAUGCGCGGAAAUUUCCGAUGAUUCUACUAUGUUGGCUUGCGGGUUCGGUGACUCUACCGUGCGCAUUUGGUCACUGACGCCAGCCAAGCUGCGUGCACUCAAGGAUGCGGAUGCGUUGCGUGAACUAGACAAGGAGUCAGCGGACAUCAAUGCACGCAUGCUGGACGAGCGCAGCGGUGAGAUGACGCGCUCUUUUUUGGGCCACACUGGACCAGUUUAUCGUUGUGCGUUUGCCCCGGAGAUGAAUCUGCUGUUGUCCUGCUCCGAGGACACCACCAUACGCCUGUGGUCCCUGCUCACUUGGUCGUGUGUGGUUACCUAUCGUGGUCAUUUAUAUCCUGUGUGGGAUGUGCGCUUUGCGCCACAUGGCUAUUACUUUGUCUCCUGCUCCUAUGACAAAACUGCACGACUUUGGGCCACUGACUCUAAUCAGGCGUUGCGUGUAUUUGUUGGCCAUUUGAGCGAUGUGGACUGCGUACAGUUUCAUCCCAAUUCAAAUUAUGUAGCCACUGGCUCUAGUGAUCGCACUGUGCGACUGUGGGAUGUGCUCACUGGACAAUCGGUGCGUUUAAUGACCGGACACAAGGGCACGGUAAGCUCGCUGGCAUUCUCAGCUUGUGGUCGGUACUUGGCCUCGGGUGCUGUGGAUCACAAUAUUAUUGUAUGGGAUCUGUCAAAUGGAUCGCUGGUCACCACCUUGCUGCGGCACACUAGCACCGUAUCCACCAUUACCUUCAGUCGCGAUGGCACGCUGCUCGCUGCUGCUGGCCUGGAUAACAAUCUAACGCUUUGGGACUUUCACAAACUCACCGAUGACUACUUAAGCAAUCAAAUAACGGUAUCGCAUCAUCAGGACGAAAAUGACGAGGAUGUCUAUCUGCUGCGGACAUUUCCUAGUAAAAACUCACCGUUUGUCGCUUUACACUUUACGCGUCGAAAUCUGCUCAUGUGCGUGGGCUUGUUUAAGAGUUAGAUCUGAUCAGCAUACUAACUUUAGUUAUAGUUAUAGUUUACAGAUAGCAUAAGUUCAAAAUGUGCGAUUGUUAGAGUCACUUGCCCCUUUGCCGAUUUGUACAAUAUUUUUUAAAAGCUAGCAUUAAGUUGUAUUACUUUUUAAGCAAAAAGUGUAAUCAAGCUGCAAAUUUUCAUUGUCUUGUCGAUAUAUAAGCCGCAAAAGUUCAAUAUUGAUUGAUGAAAAAUUUUUAAAACGUUAUCAAUUUGCUUUGC